AUGGUGUCAACAUGUUUUCAUGCACAACAAAACUUGCAACUUCAACUCGUGGUUACAGUUGGAAAAUGCUUCAGGGAAAUUUACAACCAAAAGAUUCUUACAAAGUUGCAAGGGAAAUUAAAUACUAAGUUCUGUUACGUGCAAGAUCUUUCUUUUCAAGAUUCAGACAUCUGUUUACAUCAUUCUACACAAGAUUUACAAACGAGCUUCUUUCUUGCAUUAAAUUAA